GAAGCUCGCGCCACCCGCUCCCCGGACGCGUCCAGGAUCCACUGAGCCGUGAACCAUCCUCAGCCCCGGCGUGUGCCCCAGGCACCGUGACCCCGAUCUGCGCGAGCCUCCUCCCCGCACAGCGACCCUCUCCAGCUCCGCAGCCCCGCCGCCCUGAGCCAUGGACGCCCCGGAGUCGCAGCCAGACCCCGACGGCGGGGACGGCCCAGGCCACGAGCCCGGGGGCAGUCCCCAGGACGAGCUGGACUUUUCCAUCCUCUUCGAUUAUGACUAUCUGAACCCUAUCGAAGAAGAAACGAGCGCACAUAAGGCCAUCAGCUCACCCUCGGGACUCGCAUACCCGGAUGAUGUCCUGGACUAUGGCCUCAAGCCAUGCAACCCCCUCGCCAGUCUCUCUGGCGAGCCCCAUGGCCGGUUCGGAGAGCCGGAUAGGAUAGGGUUCCAGAACUUUCUGAGCCCGGCCAAGCCAGCAGGGGCUUCGGGCCCAAGCCCCCGGAUCGAGAUCACUCCAUCCCACGAACUGAUGCAGGCAGGGGGGGCCCUCCGAGGGAGAGACACCGGCCUGUCCCCCGAGCAGCCAGCCCUGGUCCUGGCCAGCGUCAGCCCGAGGUUCACGCUGCCCGUGCCUGGCUUCGAGGGGUACCGCGAGCCGCUUUGCUUGAGCCCCGCUAGCAGCGGCUCCUCUGCCAGCUUCAUUUCUGACACCUUCUCCCCCUACACCUCGCCCUGCGUCUCACCCAAUAACGCCGGGCCCGACGACCUGUGUCCCCAGUUUCAAAACAUCCCUGCUCAUUAUUCCCCCAGAACCUCUCCAAUAAUGUCACCUCGAACCAGCCUCGCCGAGGACAGCUGCCUGGGCCGACAUUCGCCCGUGCCCCGUCCGUCAUCCCGCUCCUCCUCACCCGGUGCCAAGCGGAGGCAUUCGUGCGCAGAGGCAUUGGUUGCCCCUCUGCCCACAGCCUCACCCCAGCGCUCCAGGAGCCCCUCGCCACAGCCCUCGCCUCACGUGGCACCCCAGGACGACGGCAUCCCCGCUGGGUAUCCCCCCACGGCCGGCUCUACUGUUCUCAUGGAUGCCCUCAACAGCCUGGCCGCCGACUCGCCCUGCGGGAUCCCCUCCAAGAUAUGGAAGACCAGUCCUGACCCGACUCCUGUGUCCACUGCUCCGUCCAAGGCGGGCUUGGCCCGCCACAUCUACCCUGCCGUGGAGUUCCUGGGGCCGUGUGAGCAGGAGGAGAGAAGGAAUUCCGCUCCUGAGUCCAUCCUACUGGUACCACCCACCUGGCCCAAGCAGCUGGUGCCGGCCAUCCCCAUCUGCAGCAUUCCCGUGACUGCAUCCCUCCCUCCGCUAGAGUGGCCGCUCUCUAAUCAGUCAGGUUCCUAUGAGCUGCGGAUCGAGGUCCAGCCCAAGCCGCACCACCGGGCCCACUAUGAGACUGAGGGCAGCCGGGGUGCUGUCAAAGCCCCAACGGGAGGCCACCCUGUGGUGCAGCUCCACGGCUACAUGGAGAACAAGCCGCUGGGGCUUCAGAUCUUCAUUGGGACAGCAGACGAGAGAAUCCUUAAGCCGCACGCCUUCUACCAGGUACACAGGAUCACGGGGAAAACUGUCACCACCACCAGCUAUGAGAAGAUUGUGGGCAACACCAAGGUCCUGGAGAUCCCUCUGGAGCCCAAGAACAACAUGAGGGCCACCAUUGACUGUGCAGGCAUCCUGAAGCUCCGAAAUGCUGACAUCGAACUACGCAAGGGCGAGACAGACAUCGGCAGGAAGAACACUCGUGUUCGCUUGGUGUUCCGCGUGCACGUCCCGGAGCCCAGUGGGCGCAUCAUCUCCCUGCAGGCGGCAUCCAACCCCAUCGAGUGCUCUCAGCGCUCUGCCCACGAGCUGCCCAUGGUGGAGAGACAAGACGUGGACAGCUGCCUGGUCUACGGGGGCCAGCAGAUGAUCCUCACGGGCCAGAACUUCACUGCCGAGUCCAAGGUUGUGUUCAUGGAGAAGACCACAGAUGGGCAGCAGAUUUGGGAGAUGGAAGCAACGGUGGAUAAAGACAAGAGUCAGCCUAACAUGCUUUUUGUUGAGAUCCCCGAGUACCGGAACAAGCACAUCCGCGUACCCAUGAAAGUGAACUUCUACGUCAUCAACGGAAAAAGAAAACGAAGUCAGCCACAGCACUUUACCUACCACCCAGUCCCUGCCAUCAAGACGGAGCCCAGCGAUGAAUAUGAUUCCUCUUUGAUCUGCAGCCCUGCCCAUGGGGGCCUGGGGAGCCAGCCGUAUUACCCACAGCACCCGAUGCUGGCUGAGUCCCCCUCCUGUCUUGUGGCUACCAUGGCCCCCUGCCAACAGUUCCGCUCCGGGCUUUCAUCUCCCGAUGCCCGCUACCAGCAGCAGAGCCCCGCAGCUGCCCUCUACCAGAGGAGUAAGAGCCUGAGUCCGGGCCUGCUGGGCUAUCAGCAGCCGACCCUUCUGGCAGCACCCUUGAGCCUGGCUGACGCCCACCGCUCUGUGCUAGUGCACGCUGGUUCUCAAGGCCAGGGCCAGGGCUCCACCAUGCCACACACAUCCUCAGCCAGCCAGCAGGCCUCGCCCGUGAUCCACUACUCACCUACCAACCAGCAGCUUCGUGGUGGGGGUCACCAGGAGUUCCAACACAUCAUGUACUGUGAAAACUUCGGCCCCAACUCUGCCAGGCCUGGCCCACCUCCCAUCAACCAAGGUCAGAGGCUGAGCCCAGCCUCCUAUCCCACAGUCAUCCAACAACAGACUGCCCCGAACCAAAGAGCUGCCAAAAACGGACCCCCAGUCAGUGACCAGAAGGAAGCGUUGCCCACUGGAGUGACAGUCAAACAGGAACAGAACCUAGACCAGACCUACCUGGAUGACGAGCUGAUAGACACACACCUUAGCUGGAUACAAAACAUAUUAUGAGACCGAGUGACUGGUCUUUGAUCCGAGAAAUCAAAGUGAAAGUUAAUGAAAUCAUCAGGAAGGAGUUUUCCGGACCCCCCUCCCGAAAUCAGACCUAGAAACAGACAUUAUUGCAAGAUGCCUCCCACUUUGGACCCCUUCUGUCGCCUCCUGACAUCUCUGACUGGAACACCACGUGUGGGCAGCAGCGCAAGCUGCUGGUGUGGGAGCAUGCUGCCUCUUAAAGAGCAUCUCAGCUGAUGUCCACAGUGACUGGAUGAAAAAGCAACUGCCUGCUGACCAAAGCCCUAUCCUCAGCUCAACAGGAUGCUGAGCCUGAAACCUGGGGCUGGGCUGGCAG